AUGUUGGCAAUACGAAUCGCAAAGGCGCAUAAAACUACUUCCUGUGUAGCAAGUACGCUUUUGGGUAAGAUUCUCCCUUUAGAUUUAAGGGUAAGGGAAACGGCUGAAUUGCACAAAAUCAAAAGAGGAAUGCCCCUGGAUAUUCACCUAGAUAGGCCAAUCGAAAGCAAAGUCAGUAUGUUUAAUUUACCUUCACCUCCAAAAAGAAAGCCUCUGUCAUUUAAGGACGUUUAUAAAGAAGAGGACCUAAAAGAACUUGGAAGGGAUAUACCACAAUUGUUUACGGAUGGUAGUAAGAUAGAAGGUAAGGUGGGUGCUGCGGUUGUGUGUUAUGAGAACGGUAGGGAAAAAUUUAAUUCAAAGUUUAAGCUGGACAACCACUGCUCUGUGUUCCACGCUGAAUUGGCAGCAAUACUUCGAGCUGUUGAUCUUACAAUACGUAAAAAAACAGUUUAA